AUGGCGGGUGCCACUUUACGCGUGUACAAGCUGUGCCGGAUGGCGGUCCCCGGGCGUCAAGUCGCGCCCGCAAUCUGGAUAGCGAUGGCGGGAGCUGGCGACCGUCUUAGGCGAGGGUAUUAUGGGUUCUAUCAAGGACAUCCAUGCAACACGAAUAGAGCAGCAAAGGCCAGAGGCAUUAACGUGACGCGUGUUAUUGCCGCCAAGUCGCCGAGCAAGAAGUUCCUUUUCCCGUUUACACUGAGCAGACGAUGGAGCGAAUCACAGGCUGCGGGCGGCGAGAGGAGGAACAACCAGUCCCGUAGUCAGACGUGUUGGAUCGCCAGCCCCGGUGAACCCUCUUGGCGCAACAGCCAAACCGGAGUUGUCUCUACGGAAUACAGCAGGCAAACACGUCAAAGGGGAAAACCAGAUUUAGGUUGCGACACCCAGAAGGAUUGGUUGAUUCUGGACAAGUCUCACGUCUCAUACAAGAGCCCAAACGCCAUCAUCUGUGCGGCUUUUCAAGAAACAACAGUAGAUGGGGAUGAACCUCACGGACAGCGCCGCACAUGCGUGGCGUGGCAGACGCAGGGCCAGCUGGCCAUGUAUGGAAGCAAAUGGGACGAGGCGGGCAUCCAGAUGCUAGGCAGAUCGAUCUUAGACGGGGUGACAGGCGACGGAUCACUAAAGUUCAAGGCACUACGGAUCUAUCAUCAUUCUCGAGCACCUCCAAACUGGCAUCCCUCUCAUCAGGACACUGCACGAAACGAGACGGCAUAUCGUCGUUUGUUUGUGUUCCUCACGGCAACACGAUCGACUGCCUUUGGCAGCUGGCAAGAUUAUCGAGAGAAGGCCUGGCAGGCCAUCGACAUACGAAAGGCGCGGAGAAAGCAAAAGAUGCGAGAGGCAGGCCGUCCCGGCGGGGAUGAGGGCAACAGUGACAGACUCGGAAAGAGAGGGACUGUGGUCAACGGUCAACCCAGUCGAGGGGCUGAAGCGAGACAAGGCCCCCGCGUCCCCGGUGGACUUGCAGUAGCCUGGACCCAAAUGCAGCGAGUCACGACCACGAGUCAGCGGCGAUGGGUGGGAUUCCGACACGCUGUACAAGAUAGUAGUGUCCCACUAUCAGAAGCCGAACAACUUUUCCGUAUGGCGUACCGUGGUUCUGUUUCUACUGCGAUGUGUCACUAUCAACGCCUGGACAUGGCCAAUGAUCCGCGGAAUGGAGAGGACGCUACGCUACGUCUGAAGAUGAAAAAGCGGCCUAGAAGGCCCAGUGGGAGCAUAUCGGAGGACAAGACGGGAUCGAGACCGGAGAACGUUGAGAGUGUUCGGCACCGAAUAGGACGCAAAGUUUGGCCCGUCGAUUUCAGAGAUGGAUCACAUGAGAGAAUGAUGAACUUCCAUCAUGACAAUCCGCAUCAUCCAUCCUACGGGCAGAAUACCUCACGGAUAUUCGCAGGUAAACGUGCCAACACUGCAGUCUGCAAGGCACGCCGCACCUCUGACGAGGCACGAGGCACGCGGCACGACGCACAAGAAGCAGAGAGGCAGAGAGGCAGAGAGAGGGGACGAGCCCAAUGGGUACGUACUGUCGUCAGGAACGGAACAACGGGACAGGAAGAAACCAAGGCCAAGACCAACCAACCCACACACCCGCAGGCUGCAGCAGUGCAGCACCCCUCCUACACCCCCCUUCGACCGCCCCCUGCAGAUGCUUACCUCAGCGACAAAUCAUAUCGCGCCGCCGGGCAGCUCAAAGUCAACUUCAAACGUGCUUGCUCCGUGCCACCACCAGCAACGGCAGCAACAGCACCACCACCCUCGCCCUCACCAUCAUUACCACCACCCUCACCAUCACCACCACGAUGUCUGCCGACCAACAAUGUCAACGAUGUUGACGACGUCCCAGCUCCAUCAUGGCGCACUCAUAUACCCUCCUUAAUUGUUGAUUACGGGCACGCCUACCUAUGA